CCAUCUAAACUUCUAAACCCGUUUUCAUAGAGCUGGAGGAAAAUCUCACGAUCGAGUUCAGUAUAAAACCCACUGCCUGACAGGUUGAGCUUUAGUAUCGAUUCAAAUAUGCAACUGAGUAUUUUACGUGUAUUUGUGCUGCUUGGCUUGGCCGCCGUUGUGAAUUCAUAUGGCACAAGCCAACCGACUUUGAUGUCAUCAAAAAAUCCGGAAUCUGAUGACAACUAUGUUGAGCCUUCGUCCAAGGAGGUAUCACGGAAUUUUAAGCUAUGCAAACCCAUUAAGACUACGAUUAAGGAGCUAAAUGAACUGAGCAGCAGUACAAAUAUACCCGAAGACGACACCACAAGACGGAUCGUUCCAUUACCUACUCUAGCACCCAAGACCCUUGAGACUGCGAGCUCGGAGCCAACUAAAGCGCCCAUUAGAACUACCCUUGAAGACGCUAUUAUAAGAAAGUUGGUUCCUCUGCCAACUAUUGCUCCCACUUUAAGUACAACGGACCCCAACGGUGGAGAGUUUGAAGAACGGAGGAUUGUACCCCUACCAACUCUUAAACCCACCUCUACAGAAGGCACUUCGGAAAUCGUUGGUGAAGAAGAUAACAUAAAUGUUCCUAGCAAGGGCAUAAGACGCUUAGUACCUUUGUCGACAAGAUUACUGGAAAUCUUCAAAGAAAACAGGGAAAAUGCAAGAAAACUUGUACCUUUACCUACUUUUAAACCGACUUCCACCACAAGCACAACCGAAGUCAGCUCGGAAAACAGUGACCAAAUUCCAGAUGAUUGCGAACUUCUUCCCGAAGGUUUGGGAUCCCGAUUAAAUGCUCAAACUUUGAAAACACUUGUUAAAACGCAAACUGGUUAAAUUUAAUAAAAACCUAUGUACCUUCAGGGAAUAAUUAAA